AACGCUAACCUAAGUUAACAUAAUAGCUUUAUGUCCACGCAGGGCAUGGACGUGAACAACAGACCAACUUUUCCCUCGCUUUUGCCACAGGGCGUAAUGGACCUGAUUGCCAUCUUACGAAUUCAAGCUAACAGAAAGCCUAGGUAGAGACUGAAAAAAACGACGAAUGCCCUCCCAUCUUAACGCCGGGGGAUUCAUCAUCGUUUUCUGUCAGAAUUUCUACUAUCAGGAUGUCAGUCACUUCUACAGUUGAGAAGAGUGUGGAGCCAAACGGAGUUGAAACCUACGACAGUGGCGAUGACUGGGAAAUUGGGGUUGGUAAUUUAAUAAUUGACUUGGAUGCUGAUUUGGAGAAAGACCGACAAAAAUUGGAGAUGAAUCGUUUUGUGAAUAGCAAAGGCAGCUCAAAGGAUUGCGAGGGGCUGGCAUCUAGUUGUUCUAAGGCAGCAUCAGCCAUAUCAAGUGGCCUUACAUUUCCAUCCGUCCAGCCCCCUGGUCCCUCGGGAAAUUACAACAAGGAGAAUGGUAAAUCCAAAGUGAAAAGGAGCAAAACUUCUAAGGACAUCAGUAAAUCUGCCUCAGCUCCUACCCUGUAUGGACUUCCUGAGAUAUAUGCUGGUAAAACGCAAGACGCUCAAGGACGCCCGGGAGAAGCAUUUGGGAUGAAUUCAGCACUGGGCCAAGCGGUCAGUAACCCAAACACUAGUGAUGUAACCGUUUCAUGCGCCAAAGGCAAAGAGGAAAAAAAUGGCAAAAAUCAAACCAGGGGAUUGAAAAGGGAGAGGGAUGUUGCCAGGGCGAAGAAAGAAAAGCAAGAUGUUAGACAAACCAGCCCCGACUUCAGCCCUGCAUCUGGCAAUCGGUACGGAUUUGCAGGGAAAGGGAGUCCGUGUCAUUGCGGAGACAACGGGAUAGGAGACAUUUCCAAAAGUGGCAUGGAUUCUGGGAUAAUGGGUAACGCUAUUGUCGGAAAGAAGAAUGAUGACGAAAUCGGCACACCUGCAAAGAAACUGAAAACCGAGAAGGUGGAAUCCUUGUUCACAGUGCCUGCACUGCCGUCAGCGGCUACUCAGGCCCCACUCCCCUACGCCCCCGUGUCUCCUCCGAUCUCCUCCCCCUCCGAACAGCUGCUUGUGAGGACCCGAUCCGUCGGCACCAACACCCGAGAGGCCGGCAGCGGCACCGACCCGGCCUGCCUCGGGCCCUGCGAGCCGGGCACCAGUGUGAACCUGGAGGGGAUCGUGUGGCACGAAACUGAGGAAGGUGUCCUUGUGGUGAAUGUAACAUGGAGGAAACGGACCUAUGUUGGGACCCUGUUGGACUGUACCAGGCACGACUGGGCACCACCCAGGUUUUGUGAGUCCCCGAGCGACUUCGAGAUGCGGGGCGGACGGGGACGUGGGAAGCGCAUGCGCUUGGCCAUCCCCAACAUCCCCGGGGUGGAACCCGCCUUCCCGAAGGUGAGAGGCCUGCCGCUCAAGAGCCGGGGCGGAGCCAUUCACGGCAAGGGCCGGCGGGGCAGCCUGAACCUCAUCAGCAGCUGCAAGACGCCCCCGUUCUUCACGGUGGAGGAGAUCAAGCCCGGCUCGCUGAUGUCGGGAAAGCGUAAGAGCAAGCCCCCGGCGGACCUGGAUCUGAGCCUGGUCUCGGAGGACACUAAAACCGGGAAGCGAAUUCGGGCGAAGUCCAGGAGCGCGCCGUCCACGCCGCAGGGGAAGUCGGACCCCACGUUCCUGGACCAGCAGUGCUCGUCGCCGACGCUGAUAGACUGCCCGCAUCCUAACUGUAACAAGAAGUACAAGCAUAUCAAUGGACUUCGCUACCACCAGACGCAUGCCCACUUGGACCUCGACCGCAAGAUGGAGUUUGAGGCGGAGAGCGAGGACAGGUUUUCCGACUGCGAGGAGUCCUUCAGCAACAUAAGUCUGGACUGCUCAGAGAGCAACUGCGGCUCCCUGAAGAAACCGAGCUCUCUGUGCAAAAUGAGCACGUUAGGGGUGCCAAAGAACAGAAGAGUCAUGGUAAGUAAUGACAGCGGUACAGGGACAAAUUCUAAAACGCGUAGGAAUUCAGGGACCAAAGGACUUGUCGAUAGCCUGAGUAACCUCCCGAUCAUCUCCAACAUGACUGUGGUGCUUGAGAACUGUCUUGUGACUGACAGGAACUCGUCGGCGGAGAUGCCAAAGCUGGAAGCUGAGGGCCUGAUUGAUAAAAAAGGUGCAAGUGACAAGAGCAAAAAAGCUAAUGGAAAAAGUGAGAAGUGCUCAUCCAAAGCUAAAACCACCAGGCCUAUCGCUCCAGCCCCUCCUCCCCCGAAACUGAUCGCCAUUCCCACGGCAGCCUUCACCACCAACACCACUGGAGCUAUCGCCCAGCGGUCAACAUCGAUCGCGGCUGUUACUCACACCACGGCGAAGAGCCCCCCUCUGAAACCCAUCAAGCCGAAAUCGACCGUCUUGGGAGAGCCAGGUUUAGCCAACGCGUCCUUGGCCACUUGCAAAGACAAUAGGAGGAAGGAGAAACGCAGGCUCAAAGACAGGGGAUGCAAAGAGGUGAGGAGUCCCAAAUCUGACGGUAAGCUCUCGAAGGCAGAUGAUGGAAAGGUUGCGGUCAAAGAAUUUCCUGUGAGUCUGUUGAAGGAGCACUUGAGCAAACAGGAAGUGGCGAACGGCCUGUCUGAGUCUCAAGAGAGCCGUAUGGCCAGUAUCAGAGCUGAGGCGGACAAGGUCUACACUUUCACCGACAACGCGCCCAGCCCUUCCAUCGGCAGCUCUUCCAGGCUCGACAGCGGCACGCUUUCGAACGGAGACGGCGCCACUACGAAGACCAACAGCCCUGCUUACUCAGAUAUAUCCGACGCAGCCGACGACGGGGGACUGGAUAGUCGUUCUGAGGGAGCCAGGUCCAAAACAAGCUUGCCCGCUGAUAUCAACUCCAACAAGGAGAGUACAGUCAAGGUAUUCCCAACCACACCACCUCAAACCACUCCAGGAAAAGAGCCACAGUCCCCUUACUACCAUGGAUAUGACUCUUAUUAUCUCCCGGGAUAUAUGCACACCGGGCAACCGAACACGUCUGCUUUUCCAAACAGUGGAUCUACCCACGAAGACAAGCCUAAAAAGGAAGAGACAAAGGAAGGAGCUGAAGAGAAAGAAAAGGUAGAUUUCUCAGAUGCUAAAAAAGCAGACUUGAAUUUGCCUUCACAGUCGCAUCUCCAAAUGGCUAUGACUCAGACACAAACUGCGCUCGCUCAGUCGCUGUACUACGGACAAUACGCUCGCGGACUCUACAUGGAUCAGAAACUGUUGAUGGUUUCCAACUCGUACAGGCAGCCUUACGAGAAGUAUUACGACAAUCAGCAGUUCGCCGAGCAGAAAUCAGCUCUGUCAAAUCGCGAAGGGGAACAAAAGGAGCAAUCGAAGGAAGACGUGAAGCAGAAGAUGAACUCGUCAGCCGUGGCGUCGAAAGCUACUGACGUGGUUAAGAACUGCUGCACCAAGCCUGCGGUCUCUAAUGCAGAGGAGGCAGGGAGACCACAGAUCCAAACCAAUCAGCAUCACCAGGGAAAAUCAACCUCUAUCAAUGAGACUGAAAACCAGCAGCUCAUCAGAGAAGCUGGAGACAUGAAACCUGCUGCAGAGGCUGUGAAGCAAGCAACUCUGGAUACAAAAUCGCCGUUUAUUCAUGAGUCCGAAGGCCAGAGUUGGUAUAACCCGUAUCAGUCGACAUAUGUAGAACAGCAGACCCAGGAGAUGGCUGAGGAGGUAAGUGCUGACCAGGCCAAGGGGAGGGAUAUCUCCCCGGGGUCUCUGACUCAGAUGGAGGCAGAACCUGAAGACCUCAAGAGGCAGGACGUCCAUCCUGGAUGUACCGAGGACUCCAGCAAGCUAGAGGAUCAGGAGACCGCAGGGGGCGCAUCUGGAGACUCGAGGAACGCCAGGGUGGCCGUUUCAUCGCCCAUGAAUCCCCAUCAGUCCUACAUCCAGUACCAGCACGCCUACCCCUACCUGCAAAUGUGUGACCCUAGCAACACUGCGUACAGGGUGAUGUCUCCUGCCCUGGUGCAUAACUACCCAGGCUUCCACUAUCCCUUGUACGGGAAAACUGCGGGCAGGGAGGAGUCUGAGGUAGCCCACAGCAGCCGUGGAAUCAGCAGCAAGCCCCCCUGUGACUCCACUGCACUGGAGUUACUGCAGCACCAUAACUUGCCAUACCAUGGCAAGUCUCCGGCGCCUGGGGAGAGGGGAUCCCCAGAACGAGAGAGAGAGACCGAGCGGGACCGGGAGCAAGCACCCUUCGCCCGACAUCUCCACACUCAUCAUCACACUCACCUGGGGGUGGGGUACCCUCUCAUACCUGGCCAGUAUGACCCCUACCAAGGUUUGAGUUCUACAGCCCUGGUCCCCAAUCAGCAGGUGCCAACACAGACGUCUGCAGCUGGGAAUGAUGGGAAGAUUUGAACCUCCAGCAUGUGACGGGUUCACAUGGCGACGGGCAGAUCCACAGACAUCAAUUCCAUGGUGUUAUUCAUCGCCUCCAUGGGAGGCAGUUUUCAUUUCUUAUUAAUGAAGAUUUUAUAAGAGUUCUAAAGCUGUUGUUAUGCGAUAAUCGGUGGAACAUAUUUACUGCUAACUGUUUAUUUUGUAACGGUGAAAAAGGACUCAGAGACAUCUCACCGGUGGCUCACAGCUGCUGGUCAGAGAAGAAAAAGUGUACGCCUAGCAAAAAGCAUCAGCCACAAGAAGAAAAAAAGCGCAGUAUUACUUUAUAUGUAUGGACUUGUGUCAUUGUGUAUUUGUGUUACUGAAUGUAUUGAAUAUUGCAGUUACCCCAGGUUGUUUGGAGGGGGACUGCAGUAGAAGUAACACUAUGUACAAGUAACUAUGAAGUGGCUCCUUCUGUAUUACUGAGAUUGCAUCUGUAUACACUUGACUGUAUUCGCCCUUCUAUUGUAUCGUAUUCUGUGAGAGUAAAUAUACACUGAGUUUCUUUUUUUUUCAAAAUCCAGUGCCAUAGAACUGUGGUGUAUAUUCUGUAUAUAGUUACUUGGCAGAGUAUAACACGCUUGUGUAAAUUCUUUUCUUAUUUUAUGGCAUAGUCUGGCAAUUUACCCCAGUUCACCCGCAUAGCAUCUGUGAUUGUCCUACUUGAAUAGUGCUGCAAUCUUUAAAUGUUUACAAGUAUUGACAUGUAGGGAGAACCCUCAAUGCUGUUGCCUGGUUAUUUAUUUAAUGCUGUAAUCAAGUUUAUUUUAAGUUAAUGUCAGAUGUACAUUGAAAUUGCAGUUGUUUUUUUAUACCUGCCUUAAAAAUGUUUGGCAAUCAGAAUUAAAGAAAAAGAUGUUUAUAUA